AUGGCAUCUGUCGAAGUGGAGAAACUUUCAGAGCACCUUUUGAAAUGUCCGAUCUGCCUGGAGACGUACACGAUGCCUAAAGUUCUUCCCUGCUUGCACACUUUUUGUCAACAUUGUUUACAUGGGCUCAUCAACAGCGGAGAAAACACCAUCAUUUGUCCGACUUGUCGAUGCGAGGUUUCUGUCCCUAAGGAAGGCGUCGGAGCACUGUCAACCAAUUUCUUCAUCAACAACAUGUUGGAUUUUCUCUCCGUUGCGAAGAGCAACUCCAACCCUGUUGUUUGCUCAAAUUGCGACGAGCAGAACAGGGCAACUUCCCGAUGCAUUGAGUGUAUGGAGUUUCUCUGUUCGCAGUGCGUUGCAGCUCAUCGCAGAACGCGAAUGACCAAAGAACACGAAGUUAUCGCUUUGGGUGAACUACAGUCGCAGAAAGAGGUUCAGGAAAAGUUACACAGACCCUUGCUUUGCACGGUUCAUGAGCGGGAUGUAUUGAAGUACUUCUGCGAGACGUGCGACGAGCCUGUUUGCCGCGAAUGUCUUAUCAUUGAUCACAGAGAACACCAUUAUGGUUAUUUAAAAGAUGUGGAUAAAAAACAUCGGUCAGAGGUAAGAAAUUAUCCGCAAAUCUCGUUGCUAACAGCACGCUAAUAGCGUCUUUAAUUUGCCAUAGGCGAAUGGUAAGACGCAAUUAUCCAGUCUUUGUUGCGACGGAAUGCGUGAACUAUUUGCUUUGUUAUUGACUGGAAAUUUCUGUGAGUAGAGGAAAGCUUAAGUUCUUACGUUACAUUAUGAUUAAAGGUUUUAUUCAAUAGGAUAAAGCUACAUUAAAAUCAUCAAGAGCACUAAUACUUCGGCAUUCAGCUUUUCAGUCGUAUUUGAAAAUGUUGGCUAACCUAAUUUAAGACGUAGUACGUAGGUUGAGAAGAAAAAAGAAAUUAGACUUUCUACAUUUUGUAAGACUAGCAUCUCUAUUAUUACUGCUGUGUACUAAACUACGAUCAGUCCCUCCUUAUCGGCGAAAUCCUUCGCGCGAAUUAAACUAAAAUUGAUGAUAGCGCGCCACGCGGAACUCCACGAAUUUUUUUUGACUUGCGCGACGAACUUCGUCGAAAAAGAGGGACUGCUCGUUGUCUAGCUGUUUAUAUUUUAGUUUUUCUUUUUUUGCUGGUUGCGCUGUGAUUAACCCAAGGAUACUCAAUAUUGGCGACGGUAAUUAAUUUCUCAACCACUAAGUAACUACUCUAGGCGAAUAGAAUGCCAUGAAUAUUGUUUUUAGUGCAUUUAAGGGUUUUGGUAUCGUUCGAAACCUGGCUCUUUUUUCCCACUACUUGUGGGAAAACUGAACAUGUCGCUGUUCAGUUCAGGAUCUUAAGCAGAUAAUUUUCUCAGAGAUUUUGCACAGUGUGAGUUGUUUGUCGCAGCGUGAGUAUGUUUCUUUGUUACAUGUAUUUAUUUUGUUUAAUUCAUCGCUUCUUUAUUCCAGGUUGGAGUUCUUGUUAUGAAUACUAAAAAACGAAUAGCCCCUUUGAAAGAAGCUAUUGAAAAAGUGUCAGAAAUGAAACAGAAACUGGACUGCAAACUGGAAGAAGUUCGACAAGAGGUUAUCCAAAACUGCAAACGAUGCAGAGAAGUUGUUCAAGAAAGAGAAGAGGAAAUUCUCACACAGGUUAAUAACAUCUACCGGAUGAAAUCUAAAACGCUGGAAAUCCAACUGGAUGAACUCGAAAUGAUGAUGGGAAAUCUAAACAGUAGCAUAGAUUUUACUGAAAGUCUUCUUCGGCACGGAAACGAAGCAGAGGUGAUGCUGGUCAAAAAGCAAAUGACACAGCGAUUACAGGACUUAAACAGCGUCAAGUUGGAGUACCUACCACUGGAAGAUGACCUCAUUGACUACAAGUUCUCUACCGACGAGUUUAGAAAGGCCCUCGAGUAUAUUGGCGAGGUGAAGGUUUACCAUGCGUACCCGCCAUAUUGUUUUGCAACCGGCGUGGGAAUCCAUCGAGCUAAGUCUGGCGUGGAGGCAGUGUUUCUUGUUACAACGAAAGACAGAAUGAACGAGGUAUUCAGUGGCAGAGGGGAACCAAUCAGAGUUCAGAUUGAUCCACCCGAGGGAGAUCCCGUCCCGAGUAAGUACUUGAACAAUCUUUUAGCACAUGCGCUUUCGUGUCAAGUAAUUGAAAAGAAGGAUGUCAGCGAGCUCUGAUAGGAGAUAAAGCGCAAUAAAGACCAUCUAAUGUAGGACGAAAAGCAGUUCAUAGCUGUGUCUACCACUGAUUUAGUUUGUUUAGUUGUAAAGCAGGUAAUUUUUUUUAUUUCUCGCAGCAUAUGUGAUUGAUAACGAAGACGGCACCUUCACCAUAUCCUAUCAACCGACAGCACGAGGACUUCACCAGAUCCACAUAACCAUGCGAAAUAUCCACAUCAAUGGGAGUCCUUUUAGUGUUAACGUGACGGGAAGAAUGGACUUUGGAAAAGUUGGGAAAGUCAUGGCGUGCUUUGGCUGUGAGGGAGCUGGGGGAGGUAGGAUUUAGGAAGGGGGAGGUGAGGGGCGGCAAUGGGAGGGAGAGGGAAGUUGGCCAUAAAUGAAGAUGGAUAGACUGCAACCUCGUUUUGAUACUUCAUGGCGCCACAUGUCCAACAGACCCACCGAUGUCACCACCCCCUUUCUCUCCAUAUAGAAUAUGCAUAUAUAAACGCUUUUAAAGGCUUUUCUUUCCUUUUCUAUAUUAUUUUUUUUUUACUUUUCUGGGGGGGGCAGGGUGGGGGGCAAGGAACGGGGGGAAAGUGGAGGAAAGUGCACUGCGGGAAAUGAGGAAGUGGUGAGUUGAUUUCUUUUAGCAAUUAAUAGCUCUUUUUAUAAAGAAGAAAAACUGGGCAUUUAUCAUGUGUAAGCCUUCAGAAUUGCAUCUGUAUUCCUACGAUCUUUUAUGACAGGGGAGUUCAAUAUGCCUUGGGGUGUCACCAUAGACGACGAGAACAACCAUCUCAUUGUCUCCGACUGUAACAACCAUCGAAUUCAGGUGUUCGACUUUGAGGGAACGUUCAUGUUUAAGUUCGGCUCGGAGGGUACGGAUAAGGGGCAAUUCAGGUACCCCAAGGGUGUGGCCCGCGCUCCUAACGGCCACAUAAUGGUUGCAGACUCCAACAACCAUCGAGUUCAAGUAUUCAACGAGGACGGUCGAUUUAUCAGGAAAUUCGGCAGCUUCGGAAUGGAGCGACCAGGCCUCCUAAACCAUCCGUGUGGCGUGGCGUGUACCCCUGGGGAACUGGUGAUAGUAACGGAACAGGAUAAUCAUCGGGUGCAAUUAUUUAACGUGAACGGGGAGCCCGUGCGACAGUUUGGAACGCAGGGGUUUUCAAAAGGACAGUUUAUAUACCCUCAUCACGUGUGUGUGAAUCAGCGAGGGAGGAUCAUUAUAGCCGAUUGUGUCAAUGAUCGAGUUCAAGUGUUUGAUUUGGAAGGGAAAUAUUUAUCUGACUUUGGAAAAGAAGGUAAGCUCUUGACAUGUUUCAAAGAGAAUUUUCUCCCCAAAGCAUUUUCCCCUAGCAGAAUGAAUUUUUCCCCCUAAAAAUCUUGCCUCAGUUCAAAGUUACGUGCCCUUCCUGGAUACUUCCCUCCAAAAACAUGGAUCCUCCUAAAGGCUGGCCGCAAAUCAGAUAUGCGUUUCUCCCUGACGGUUGAAUCAAGUGAAGUGUACUUCUCUGUUGACUCUGUUAGAGUCAAAAUUGAUAUCAACGGUGUCCUUCGUUCAAACUUCCCUUUCAAAAAUUGUAAAUUGCUUAAUGCAGUCUAGCUAAAGUUUGCAUAACAUUAGUCAAUCAGACCUGACAUAGUAAUUAUUACAAGGAAGUGAUGAAAGCUAAAAGCAAAAAUGAGCAAAUUUCCUGAAGCGCGGGAACCUUGGAUUGACCAGGUUGUGACUGCUUUUAGAUUGUGUCUGAUUGGUCAAGAGAAUAGCACGAGUCAGUUUUCUCGACCAAUCACAGAGAAAGUAAAGGAUAACCAUUUCAAUCCUGGAGUAUUAGCGAUACUCGAAAAAUUUCCCACCAUUCCUUUUGCAGGAUCACAAAACGGCUUAUUUGACGGCCCCGAGGGCGUGGCCUGCGAUGACGAGGACAACAUCCUAGUGUGUGACUAUCACAAUCACCGGGUGCAAGUGUUCAAUUCUAAUGGCGAGUUUGUCAACGCGUUUGGUGCAUACGGUGAAGACGAAGGGUGUUUUAAGAAUCCGUGUGGAAUUGCCAUAACGAAAGAAGGCAACAUCGUUGUGGCUGAUAGUGGAAAUAAUAGGAUUCAAGUCUUUUAGAUCCCACGAUGACGAUCUGUUUCAGUCUAAAGGGAUAAUUUUUACCGCCAGUUGUACUUUUUUAUGGAGGGUGGGAAAGGAUGGAGGUCCACCCAAGUCUGAUAUCGACUGAUACGAUUUCUUUUCAUUCACUACCUAUCAUAACUUUUUACUGAAACGCGAUGUUGCCUUCCAAUUCGCGGAAAAUAUGUAAAAAUAAAUAAAAGGCCAGGAAUUGAUCUCCCAUUCCAGAGAAGUUCAUCUUAAAAAAAAUAACGGUUUCGUAGCCUUUGAAGACGCGCGAUUCAGGAGAAAACAAAUCACAAAGAAACAGCUUUCACAAAUCAUAAAGUGCUCUAUCCAAUAACUACCCAGUUUAACGAAUAUCCCCUCGUCGGCUUGACGUAAACAGGUCAACGGAAUAGCUCUUGCAUAUCUACAUUGAGCCUCACGUGUCACGGAUGUUCAAUUCUGGCAAUCUUUUGCAACAUUUCAAACAUUUAGAAUACAUUGUUUCUAGAAUUUAAAUAAAAAAGUGGGGAUGUGGUGAACGCUUGUAAGAUUUUUUUGACAGUCAAUCUCAUCAUCCAAGAAUAUUGCAACUUCUUCCUCGCAACUUUCAGCCAAAGUUAUCUUCUUUGAUUAGUGGGCCAGUGGUUCCUAACAUCAUCUUCUCGCAAUAAGGGACAGAAAAACAUGAGACCACCAGGAACCAGGCUCACGCAGCCCCGUGUGAAUAAGCGUUAUUGAACACAGUUGUACAUGUAGCUUGUAUAUAACCUGUUACUUUGAAUUUUUUAUUUCUUCUCCUCUCCUUGUAAAUAUUUACAAAACAUAAUUCCUUUUUACUGAACUACAUAUAAGCUUGGUUAUAAAAUAAACUGUUAUUUACCAAGUGACCACUUUGAGGUACACACUGUCCAAUGAGAUUUCUGACCAAGAAGCAUAGAGAAGAUUACUACUGAUUAAUACAAGAUGAGAUACUACACAACAAAGCC